AUGAUCUAUAAAAUCAAACAUGGUGAUCAUAUAGAAAUUACUGAUUCAAUAAAAGAUCUUUUCUCAACAUUAUCAUCAGAUCCAUUAAUUAAUAAUAAUAAUAAAUUUAAAUAUAAAGAUGAAGAUUAUUUAGAAAUUAUUGAAUUAUUAAUGAAACAUAGAAGAGAUGAAUUUGAAGCUACUGAUUUAAUAAAUACAGCAGUCAUUAGUUCUCCAGAUAUUAUUAGAUUAUUAGUUAAUGAACCAUACUCAGUUAUAAUUUAUCCAACAACAUUUGAAUUUGCAAUUAUAAAUUCAAAUUUAGAAACAAUCAAGAACUAUGAAGAAUUUAAAAGAAAAUCAUUAUCAUUAGCAACUCAAAGAAAAACUUUUAAAACUACAAUCACUGAAUACAUUUUUAAUAAUCCAUCAUUAUAUUCAAUACCACCACCAUUAUCAUUAAUAAAUAAACAACAACAACAAGAACCAUCAACAAAUAAAAGAUUAAAACUAUCUGAAACUUUAGAUUCAAAUUUAAAAAAUAAUGAUAAUGAUAAUGAUAAUGAAAAUAAUAAUUAUGAAGAAAUAAAGUAUGGAUAUAUUAAAUUAAAUAAAUUUAUAAAAUUAAAAUCAAGCAAUUUAUUAAAAUCAUUUAUGGAAUUAGAUAUAGUAGUUUUAAGUGAAACUGCAACAGAUUUUAAUUCAUUUCUCAAAAUGCACCAUACAUAUGAAAGAUUACAAGUUGGUAUUAAAAUUAUUCUAAAGUAUGAUAACACAAUUUCAGAUAUAAAAAAAAGAGAAGAAAUUUUAGAAGAAAUCAAUAAAAUUGAUAGAAAUAAUGAAACAGGUUUUAAUAAAUUAAAAGAAUUGAGAAAAUUAGUAGCAAUAGAAUUCCCAAAUCAAAAAAACUUUUAUUUCUAUUAUUGGAAAUCUUAUCGUGAGAAUAUUAAAAAACUUGGUAAAAUUCCUAAAAAAUCAGGUUCUCAUAUUAAUAUACAAACUUUUGAACACCUUCUUUUUCAAGAUGAAAUAAACAAUUAUCAAACCAAUACCCAAGAAGGUGAUGAAAAUAUAGAACAAGUAGAAUUAUUAUCAUAUAUUACAGAUUCGGAUAGUGAAGGUGAUAAUGAUGUUGAACUAGAAUAUUUAAUAAUUAGAGAUGAAUUAUUUAAUUUCUCAAAUAGAUUUAGAAAAAUAACAUCAACAUUUUGUGAUAUAUCCAAUAGAUAUUCAGAUUUACUCAAUUCAUAUUUAAAAGCAAUUAAAGAAUGUAAUAUAGAAAAAUUAGAAGAGAUUGAUACAAAUAAUCCAAUGGUUUAA